CACGAAGUAAACAGUGUGCGUAGAUUGAGAAAAAAAAUCUAUCAUGUCUUCAGAUGGGCCUCAGUGAACGGGGUAAAGCUGAGGGCAACAUGGUUAGCGGCGAGAGUACAUCUCUAGUCGACUUCGUAAAAAUGACUAACCCUGGUCUAUUUGAUUUCCAGGACGAGAUACACUCGUUCAUCGAGGCCUUGCUCCCUCACGUCAAGGCCUUCGCCUAUACGUGGUUUAAUUUGCAAGCAAGAAAGCGAAAGCAUUAUAAGAAGCAUGAAGUACGAAUGACUCCUGAUGAGGAGAGAAGGUGCAAAGAAGAGCUAGAUGCUGAAGCCCCUGAAGUGAAACAGAAGUGGGCCUCGAGGCUCUUGGCAAAGCUUCGAAAAGACAUUCGGCAAGAAUGCAGAGAGGACUUCGUGAUGUCGGUCGUUGGAAACAAACCCGGCUCUUCGUGCCGUUGCGUAAUUUCCAACCCCGAUCAGAAGGGGAAAAUGAGGCGUAUCGACUGCCUUCGCCAAGCCGACAAAGUGUGGAGACUAGAUUUGGUUAUGGUUAUCUUGUUCCGUGGCAUUCCGUUGGAAAGCACGGAUGGCGAACGCCUGGGCAAGUCGCAGCACUGCCAGAAUCACACUCUGUGUGUCUUGCCCAACCAUAUCACAGUGACAGUUCGAGAACUGGAUCUAUUUCUUGCCAACUUUAUGUGCAACCGAGAGCACAAACAGGAUUCCAACAGUCCCGUACGAAGUUCUGGCGAUCCAGAUUCUCAUCAAAUUGGUACUGAGCAGAAUCUGGUUUCAUCUGGUGUGUUUACAGUAGCAGAGCUCUACACCUACGCUAGAACACCCAUCAAAUGUGUGAGCUCAUCACACAGCCUAAUGUUAUCAGACUUAGAGAGCCCACCUUAUGGUGAUGGAGGUCUUGAGCAGCGCUUCCCAAAUGCAGUCAGCAUACAUCCACGACCAGAUGCAUAUGACCUAAGGUACAGAAAACGAAGUCGGACAAUAAGCUCUGUUUCGUCAGUUGACGAGGACUGUGAUGAUGAUGAUAGGGAUAGCACAGGACUGUAUGUUCAGUCACCAGCAAGUUUCUCUUCUCAAGGAUCGAACUGGCAAAAUGAUGAUUCAGGAUCCAGUGUCAUCCACUCUCCAAUGGUACCAUACCCUGCUAAGAUUAAACCAGAACAGAACUGCACAGGAUACAGCCCAAUGGAGAACCAUCACUCUGCCAUCACUUGUUGUAAUGUGAAUGAACCACAGUCACCUGCAGUCACAUCAUACAGUGGUCAGACUCAGCAGUUACACCUCAGGCAAAUGAGAGACUGCAAUAUGAAUGAUACAUCAUAUAUUAUGCAACUAGCAUCAGCACCUAAAGGCCAUGUACAAGCAAGUUGUGGGCUUGUUCCACAGCUUCCACAGCAGGGAUUUACAUUCCGCCUGCCGAUGCCAAAUGCACACAUCCCUUCUGUUGGUUCUGCUCCUUGUCGCACUGGUGCCCCCAGUGAUUUCAUCCAGCUUCUUGAGAGACCGCGCUCCAGUUCAGCACCAAAUGGUAGGCACAUUGUUCCUGGAACAUCAGCAGUCAUACCUCCUCCUUUGACAAGAUCACCAAGUAGUAACAGUAUCAUUCAAAGCACAGGGAGCAGUAGCUAUAAUGCAGCAGAACCACGGCACUCUCCAGUACACCAGCAGCAACAAUCUCCAGUGUCAACAAGCCCAAGUAAAACAAGUCCUCCCUCAGGAAUAACACUGAACACAACUGUCCAGAUUAUUCAGUCUCCUACAAACAAUCCAAACGGUGGAGCAUCAUCAUACAGCAAUCACAACCAGCAAGUGUUCAGCUACCCAAACUUGCCACCUGGUUGCUUAUCUGCUGUAAGUCCAUCACUUCCAAUGAGCUUGUUCACAUCACCUGGAAAUACACCAAGGGGUAGUAUACCUCCUCGCUGGCCCACAGCUAUCCAAGUAGCACCUGUUUCAAGCAGUGGAAAUGUUGCAUCUGAAGAGGAGUCCACUGACUACCAGAUGGUGUCAGGGUUUGGCGGUAUGAAUCCAGAUGAGAACAUGCUUGAAGAGAGGAAUUUCUUUCCAGUUAACAACAAUGCAGAGUCAGUAGAUGUUAUGUCAGCCAGGAUAUCAUCUUAGGCUGCUUGGUUCCCAGGGUACCCUAAAACUGGUCUUAUCUUCAGCAGCCCAGAUGGUAGGCCUUUAAAUUAAAUGGGCUAGUAAAAGCCAGUCCAGUCCAUCCCACAAGAUAAAGUAGUACACAGCAUGCCAAGAUAGAAGAAACUUAGCACUAAGAAAAGAUGGUUCAGCCAGGUUCAGAGAAUGCUUUGGUUUUGCCAUAUGUUAAGUUAUUGUAAGUUGUUCUUCUGUAAAGAUAUUAGCAUAAAAUAUUAGAAGCAUCCAUGUACAAACCAAAGAAUUUAUAUAGGCUUUUAGAGUAAGAAUAACUGGUCCUAUUUAUAAAUUGCAUUAGUAGAGUAUUUUGGAAAGUAAAUUUAAGUACAUUCGCAUUAUUUAGAAUAUUUCCAUGCGUAAACACUCAAUCAAAAGAAUAGUUGAAGUUAAAUUUCGUAAUGAUAACACACUCAAUCCACUCUUGGUAAAGUCUUGUCAAAGGUGUUAAGGCUUGAUGUUAAUUGGUCAUUUGACAGUGGAGAAAACAUUGUCUAAAAGCAUGCUGGAUGUACAAAAUGUGAAUUUUUAUCUGGAUAACUAGAGGAGCUGGUUUUUUUUUGUUUGUUUGUUUUUUAAAGCAAGUCUAAUUACAUACUGUGAGUGAGUGGUGGGGUGCAGUGCAAUAACUGUGUUCCUCAGUAGACCAUAUUCAUAUAAGAGUUGCAUACAUUGGUUGCUUGUGGUCAUAGUUUUCUCUAAAGAUUACAUUGAUCAAACAUAAUAUAUUACCUUAAGAAGCCUGAAUGUUGGAUAUAGUGAGGAAGAUUUACAUGAUGCUACAGAUGUUCCAACAGAGUACUAAUAUAUAUAAUCUGCAUGUGCAAGUGGAAAUAAAAAACUUUUUGUCCACAAAAGUGCAAAUAACAAUUUCAAAUUUGCUUUUUUUGUGCUACCACUCUCAUAUAAAUUUCUUCUUGAGGUGAAAUUCACUAACUGCAUUUCAACUUGCACAUAUUACUGAAAACCUGAAAUGACACCAUGAAAAUGGUCACUGGUUUGACAAUAAUUCUAUUUUCUACUGAUUUUGCUCAGCAAAAAUGAGAAGUAGCUGUUGAUGAGUAUGGUCUGAACUUCAUUCAAGUUUGGUAUGAUAAAGAGAGAAACUAAAAAAUUUUCUACUUCCAUUUUAGAAAAGUGAGAUGUUAAUUUAAGUGUUAUAUAAUCAAUUCAGAAAAAGAGAGGUUUUACUGUGAAUGGGAUGCAUGCUUUGCUAAAUUUGUAUUCCAGUGCCUACGAUACCGAAUGUCUUUUAGGGAAAGGGAAACAGGCUUAAGCCACAGUGGGCCACACAAGUGAAAAAACCCAUCUCAGAAAACACUUUGUCAACUCCAGUCGAUUAAUCUGUACUUAAGAAAGUAAAACCUGCUUUAAGGCAAAUACCUUGCCCAGCCUAUAAAAUUGUGUCUGUUUUUGAAAUGGUUAAUGUGCUGAUCAAUUGUUGUAAAUAGUCUCAAAACUGAUGGAAAUGGCUUGCCAGUUUUUGUAUCAGUUUAUUUUUCCAGGUUUAAUUUUGGAACUUUGAAAUUGUAAUUAUGGUGGCAAUUGAUACAAGAAAAUGUUCUUGAGUACAGUAAUUUUGAUAAUAAUUUUCUAUAAUUAAAGUAGAGAAUAAUAGAAUACAAAAUAUAGAUUUAGAGAGUAGAAUUGUUUUGUAGGACAUCAGGUUUGUAAAUAGUUUAAAUAGAGUUCUUGUUUUAAAACUAAUCAUGAUGAAUUUUGUAGUUUCACAAAAAGAUGUAGAGUUUAUAAACAAUGAAAUGUCUUAAUGCUGUACUUCUUAACUGCUCAGAGCAGCUGAUUUUUUGGGCUGGUUGUAGACAUUUAAAAAUAGGGCUAUCUUUUGUAAAAGGGUUUCUUUUAUACCAAUAGUAGUUUUCCUACAGUACAUUUGUAUGGUUCUGAUAUUUUGUAGUCUUCAUAAGAUAAUCCUAGUAAUAUAUAAAGAUUCGUGCUGAAAAAUACAUGUCAUCAUGUUUUUUCAUCUGUCUUUAAAAUUUAGUGGUGAGUGGCAGGAACACUUAAAAAAUUAAAUGCUAACAGUUUUGUAUGUGAUUUUGCAAUAAGCACCAAAUAUUUGAAUACAACCAUUAAUUUCAAAUGAUCUUUGUGACUGUACUUAUUUUUUUGUUAAACAAGGAAAGUAAGAAUUAGUUGAUUGUCUUUCAUUAAGCUGUCUUUGCAACCCAUUACAAGGUCAUAUAUGCUUCCUUUACCAACAGUGGCAAAGCCCAAACCUUGAAAUUUAAGUCAUUUUUCUUCAAUUUGCCUUAAAAAUGUCAACAACACCAGACCUUACAUAUCUUUUGUCAGCACAAUAAAAUAAUACUGCUCAGACAAAAGAUUUUGUUAUACAAAUUCAUUCCAGUGCACUGAUGCUGGAGUUUUAAGGGAGAGAAAUUUGUCUCUGCAAAGAGAAAAGCUGCAGCAGUAUUGUUAUCUUGAAUUGGUUAUGUCUUAAAUCAUGUAGGAAUCUGUUUUCCCCCUCAAAGUAAUGUUCUAAUAACCUUUUCAUUGGCCUUGGCCUUUUAAUUUAAGUGCCCUUAACUAAGCAAUUCAACUAUACUUCAGAAGCAUGUUGGAUUAUGUAAGUGGUACAAGAUUUCUUAUAAGGGAUACCUUUAAGUAACAUGAUUAAUCAAUGAAUCUUCUAAGUCUUUGCCUAUCUGUGACAUCAUCAGGGAUGAUGAUGCUGUAGAUUGACAAAGGCUUAGAGGACAAACUGACCAAAAAUUAUAGCUUAAAACUUAUUUGAAACAAGGAUGUAAUUGCACUUGAUUUUGUUUUAAUCAUAGAGAGCAUAUUUAAAAGAAAUCAGUUCAAUUCAAGUAAUUUAAAAGUGUUUCCAUGAAAUGGAAACAGUCUGAAAUUAAUUCAGACCCAUUGUUAUGCCUGCAAUCUCACAUGUACAAGCUGCUGCUAGAAAAAAAUAAAAUUAAGGUUAAGUGUCUAAUGACA